UUUUAGAAAUACAAGAAUAAUGCCUAUGUCUAGAGUUUAUAUUGGAAAUCUUCCGUCUCGUGCCACUGAACGCGAUUUGGAGCAUUUCUUCAAAGGAUUUGGCAAAAUACGAGAUGUUAUGUUAAAAAAUGGAUUUGGAUUUGUGGAGUUUGAUGACUCACGCGAUGCUGAUGAUGCUGUCUAUGAGCAAAAUGGCCGUGAACUUUGUGGGCACCGAGUUGUUGUAGAGAUUUCUCGUCGCACAUCUGGCCGUAAUGAGAACAAUCGAUAUGACAACAGAGGUUAUGACAAUCGGGGUGGCGGAUACAGAAGUGGCCAAAACUUUCGGCGUGAAGGUCGUACUAAUGGACGUUUUCCUCCACCACGCGAGACUCGUCACAAAAUGUUGGUACAAAAUUUGUCUACUCGUUUUUCUUGGCAGGACUUGAAAGACAUGUUCCGCGGGACUGGCGAAGGUGAAGGAGGCGUUACCUAUGCUGAAGCCCACAAACGAGUUCGUAAUCAGGCAAAUGUUUGUUUCGCUACUCAUGACGAUUUGCGUCGUGCAAUGGAAAAAUUUCAAGGAAAAGAAAUUAACGGCCGUCGAAUUAAAUUAAUUGACGAUUCUGAAGACAAUGGAGGCAAACGUCGCCGCUCCCCCAGCCGUUCACGUUCUCGUAGCCGUUCUGGUUCGGCACGCCGUUCAACUUCUGCUCGUCGUUCUCCUUCACCACACCGUUCAGGCUCGCGAUCUGAACGUCGUUCACGUUCUCGUAGUAACUCAACUCCAGCAAAGAAUGGCGCUGAAGAAGGAAGUCCAGCACCAAAACGAAGCCGUUCACGUUCUCCUUCAGCUUCAUCACAUGAAGAAGCCAAGUAA